AUGAACUGCUGGUUGUUUAUUUCUUGUUUGACAAUUGUACUGUAUGAACGAGGAGAAGCGAUAUGUCCAGCACAGUGCCUUUGUGCUGACAAUGACAUCGUCUGCAGCUGUGAAAACACGAUCAACUCGAAGUUGGGUCUUGUUUCUCUUGGGAAUGCCUUUGUGCGUUCACUCACAGUGCAUUCGUGUGCCCAAGUCUCCAUCGCUAACGACUCUUUCAACGGUGUGGUGAUUGCGGAUCGUUUGUCGUUGAUCUCGAUCGGACGCUUGUUGAUCGAACCACAAGCCUUUCGGGGUAUCGCCCAGGCUCCACAAAGAUUAGUGAUCGAUCGUUGUCAUCUCCCACUUUUGAUGACCUCCACCUUUAGUGGAUUAUCUCACUUUGAGCAUUUGUGGUUUCGAAAUUCAUCGAUUGGAAUCGUUCAUGAAGGAGCCUUUGAGGGAGUCUCAGAUGUGGGAUAUGUCUAUUUUCGUGAUGUUCGCUUUGAUCAGCUCAACUCUCGGGCAUUUAGUGGAAUCACGGAAAUCAAGCAUUUCUACUUGCGAGGAAAUGUUGAGGUAAAAAGUGGUGAGCACGAAAUCUUUCAUGGAUCUACCAUUGAUGAGAUCGUUUUCGACGAGUUAACCGGGAAAUUCGAUGAGGGUUUUCUGGCUGGUGUGAUUCAAAAAGAUUACACGAAAAUCUAUAUUCCUAGAUUCCGAGAACUUCCAAUACCAAAAAAGAUCUUCAUUUCAAUUGAGAAAACAAAAAUCGAAACAAUUGAGCCAUCUGCUUUCAGCCAAAUGCAAUUCUCAAAUCUUACAAUGAUUGACACAACGAUUUCCUCUAUUGAAAAAGAAGCUUUCUCGGAAAUCCAAGCGGAUCAUAUAAAAUUUUUGAAUGCUCACAUCGGCUCCAUCAGUGAUUCAGCGUUUUUUGCAGCGAAAAUCGAGCAUCUCGAAUUCACAAAAAGCUCGGUGGCUGUUUGGCAAAAACGUUCGAUGAAUAACUGUUCAGUGAGUACAUGGCUUGUCCAUGACACAUCUUUCGAAAAUAUUGAGGAAAAGGCUUGGAUUCAUGCAAAGUUUAAGAAUCUUGAGAUUUUACAUUCACAUAUUGGAAAGAUCAGGCCUAAAGUUUUACGAAACUCACAGGUGAAAAGUCUAACGAUUCGGAAUAGUGAAAUCGGUAGCCCGUUAGAAGAAACCUUGUUGGCUGAUGUGACUCCAACACGUGUACAGAUUGUGCACAACAAGCUCACUUGCAAUACGGAAGCCUGCGAGGCGAAUUCCCUUCAACUUCAUCCAUCAAUUCAUCCACUGUUAUGGAAAUUCGAGUACAACUCUUGUCGCGGAAAGACGGUGAAUAUUUGUGUGAAUCCCUCAACCGUCUAUCAUCAAGGACUUGUUUGCCGCUCGCAUUGGCGAUUGCUAGAAUGUAUUUGUGGAGAUUCUUCAUCUGUUACUUUACCUGAAAUGACAAAUGCGACAAUUCUCGUAUUGGGUGAUUGCGAAGAAGUAACACUGAGAAGCGACGUGAAAUCGCUGCGUGCUCUUUAUCUCUACAGAAUGAAAAGAAUAUCUAUUGAAGAACUUCCUUCAAACAUUGACACAAUCGAGAUUUUCCAUUCCAAAGUCAUCCUCACUCCUCGUGCCCUCCUUUCGCGUAAAGUCUCUCUUCUUUCAAUUAGCAACUCAAAACUCGAGAGUUUACCCAAAGAUAGCAUUACAAACAGUACAAUUUUUGAGUUUAACCUCGAAAACUCUUACGUAAAAGGGAUAGAGAAUGGGGCUCUUGCCAGCUCUAGUAUAGAAAAGUUGAGGAUAAACGGGAGUUCUAUUGAAGGAAUCGGUUCAUCGGUGUUAGGGCAAAUCGAUGAGCUUGUGCUGAGUGAUUCGUUGCUCGGUUCAACUCCCGAUCUCACUCAAAUUCCCAACAUUCAUCUUCACAAUAACACUAUUUUAUGUUGCUGUGAUUUCGAUGCAAAAUGCUCUUUUGGUGCACAUCGUCAAAUUUGUGAUCAAAGAUUUCCCCAAAUGUGCUUGGAAAAUGGUUCGUUGUUUACGAUUACAAAUUUUGUACUUAUUCUCUCCGUCUAUCGAUUUCUAUUUUCUGAG